AUGGUCGUCGUUGCAGUAGCCGGAGGCACAGGAGAUCUUGGGCAGUUGAUCGUCGACUCGUUGCUGGCAACCGGGAAACAUGUGGUCUAUUCUCUGACCCGGCGUGCUCCUGCUUCUGCUCACUUAACCACGGGCCCGAAUGGAAAGCAAUAUUCCACUAUCGUCCAAACGGAUUACAUGGAGGAGAAGGCCAUCACUGCCAUUCUCGAGGAAAGAUCUGUCCAUACCGUUAUCUGUGCGCUGAACGUGGACUUCGAGGAUGUUUCCAACGCCCAGCUUCGGUUAAUCCGUGCUGCUGCCGCUACAACCUGUGUCAGGCGAUUUGCACCCUCGGAAUUCAAUGUUGAUUACGACCUACCGGAUUCCGUCCUUCCGUAUCCAGAGAAGCGCUUCCAUGUCGCCGCUCGUCGAGAAAUUGAGAAGACAAUGCUCGAGUAUACGUACUUUUGCUGUGGUAUGUUCAUGGAUUACUAUGGAAUGCCACGCAUUAAGAGUCCCUUGCGCCCUAUGUACUCAAUCCUUGACCUGCAACACAACAUUAUCUAUAUACCAGGAGAUGGAAGCGCUACUAUGGCAGUAACUAUGGCCAACGAUGUUGGACGGUACGUCGCCGCGGCAGUUGACUUGCCGGAGUGGCCAAGGGUGCUGAACAUCAUUGGGUCACAAUUGAUAGUUAAGCAUCUUGCAGACCUAGCAAUUGAAGCCAGGAAACCACAACAGGUCCACGUAGAGUGGUACCCAAUCCAACAAUAUCUGGAUCACAAAGUUCCUACCCUUCCCAGCAACGAGCCUAUUAUCCACCACUUUCCUGGUGGUGAACCACAGCUACGAGCUCUUCUGUGCGACCUUGAUGCGGCGGUGGGUCUUGGGGCUUACGACAUUGCUCAUGUCGAGGGAUCUCGUAAUCUUGUCGAGGUCCUUGGGGAUUCCGUAGAGAAGCCGAUGUCUAUCGAGAAGAUGAUGGAGAUGGUGUGGGGUCAGGUAUAA